GUGUGUGUGUGUGUGUGCAGGGGGUGUGUCCGAGGGGGGGUGCAUACGUGCAAAACGGGAGCAUGAAGGUGGCUGUGAGGUGGGGACGUGGAGCUGGGCACAUCUCACCCUCCUGUCCUUUCUGUAUCCCCCCCCACUCCGCUGAGCGGUUCAGCCGGGGUAGGAGGGCUGAGAUGUGCCCCAGGGAGUGAGAGAUAUGGGGCUGCCACCUGCCUGCAGGCAGCGGUGUGACGCUUGGGGACACUGGCGGCGGCCGUAAUGCUGCACCCAGGGGUUCAUAGCGUCGCGGUGGUGUUCGAGUGGCAUCGUGCGUCUCCUGCACACGCCCAUCCCUCCCGCGUGUGCCCUGCGCGCGGCUGUGCCACCGCCGUGCUGUCAGUCCCGGCCAUGCCCUCCCACCUCACUAGGUCUUUGAGGUGGGUUGGGGACCCUGGUGGGGUGACCGGAGCCCCCCGUUGGGGUGACCGGCGCCCGCUGCUGUCUCACUCUGCGGUUGACGUGAGUCAGCAGCGCACUGAGCCCUGAUGCUGGCCCUGCUCCUCGCCAGGAGACAGCCGGUGAGCCCGAGCGGAGCGGCACGGAGACGACAUGCAGACGGGGGCCAGAGGGGAUUGCUGCGGCAGGGACCAGCGCCCCGAGCUGGGCAAAGAGGCACUGGCCCCAGAGCGAACAGCAGGGACCCCCAUCCCUGGGACAGCUGAGGAGAUCACCGGUGCCCCCACGGAGGAACAGGGUGGCAUCCCCAUUCCCACUGCCAGCCUGCUGCAGGUCACCGAACGGAGACAGCCACUGAGCAGCGUGUCCUCGCUGGAGGUGCACUUUGACCUGCUGGACCUCACGGAGCUGACCGACAUGUCGGACCAGGAGCUGGCUGAGGUCUUCGCUGAUUCUGAUGAGGAGAACGUGGCCAGCGAGUCGCCUAGUGGGCUGCACCCACAGGCUAUGCCACGGGCAGGGUACCUGCGCUCCCCCUCCUGGACCCGUGCACGCGAGCAUGGCCGGGAGAAGAAGCACCUCAGCGACUCAGAGCUGCAACCAGGCACCCUGGACACCUUCCUGGCAGUGGAGCAGCCUCAGCAGGAGUAGGAGCUGUCCCGGCUGGUGGGGACAGAUAUAGGGACACGCAGAGAUGUGUGCUUUGCCUUGUCCCCAGCUCUUUUGACCACGUUCCCCACUCCCUGCCACAGGAAAAGCCGUGCAGGACAAAGGACUUGCUAUGGGACAAGUUGCGUGACUGGGCGCUGCGGGGUGGCAGCUUCAGACCGUGGGUACCAAGCAGUGCCACAGCUGGUGGCUCAGUGGGGAGGAGGAACUGGCCCACUCGGCCCUGUAGCACAAUGGGGGCUGCACUGCCCGGCCCCCACCUCCUUUCCACCACGGUCCCAGCGUGGCAGGACCAGGAGCUGUGCAGUGUCUGCACUGUACCACCCACCGCCAUGUAGCAGUUGUGUGUACUGGUAAAACCAACCAACCCAUGGCCACU